CACGGGAUAAUGAAUUAAAAGUGUUUAAUAUUACUUCCUUAUUUGUGUAACAUAUGUGGUAGAAUUCCUUUAAAAACAAGGAAUAAUAUUGAACAAGAAACUAUUUAAAAAUGUCAAACGAGGUGUGCAGAAUAUGUGGUUAUGUUAAACACUGCAACCAGUGUGCUAUUUGUUUUAUAAAGGGAUGUCAGAAAUGUAUUGAACUCCACAACGAUUCAUGUAGUACACUGAAAAAGGAAAAGAUCCAUAUGUGUGCUGAUCAUGAUGUUUUUGUAAAUGGCUACUGUUUUACCUGUUUUCAUCUUGUGUGUAAAAACUGUUCUAAAGAUAGACAUAUAGACCACACUUUUGUCUCAAUACCAGAGGCUGUGCAUAAUAUACGUAGUGAUUUACUUAUUUCUGUUACCGAUUUGGAAAAAAGGAAGGCUCAAGAAGAGAGUGCCAUGUCACAGUUUUGUGAAAGGAAAAAUUACUAUGAACUGAAACUACCUGCCUUAAUAGACGCAGAAGCAAACGAAUUGCAUAAAGUGGUAAAAGAUACGAGAGAUACGCUGGUCACUCAAAUAAUUGAUCUGAACAAGAAACAUUUGAGUGAUGCUAAGGAAAUUAUUUCCAAAUUAAUUGCAGCGAAAACAAAUUUAAAAUUUGUGCAGGGUGAAAAAUUUCCAAUUGUAUUUCUGUCCAAGUGGUCAAACCCGAGGUCGGUUAUUGAAACGCAUGAUGGCAUUUUGAAAGACAGAGAGGCGGAUGACAUAAGUAUGAUCAUCAAUGCAGACAUAGCCAGGAAUUUCCGAAGUUCUUUAGUCAAACAUUUAAAUCCAGAUAUACAGAAGAUUUCAAAUAUGGCAAAGGAUCUGUCAGAAGUCGUCGUUAAAAUUGAUCAGUGGAAAACGCCAGGGGAUACAGUGACCCUGCCUUGUACAAACUCUUCUGAGAUAAACGCAUUCAUUAAACACAUUGAAAUAGUAUACAACUUUAUCAUUCGACUGAAAAACGAUUUAAUAAAAACUCAAAGCGAUCUGAAAAGAAAUAUUGAUAAAAGUGCAGAGUGGACUAACAAAGAAACAAGUGACAGAGGAAAAGAACAAGAUAUGCAUAUGAUAGUUGUAAAUCAAAAAGACAAAAAGAUACAAAAAUGCGAAGAAGAAUUAAAGAAAAAAGACGACGAGAUUAGAGCGUUAAAAAAUUCAAAAUCAGGCAAAAUGAAAACAAAUCAACACAACAAAGCCUGUACGGAUUUAGAUUCUCUUCAAAAAAGUUUGCAUGCAGCAAAUAUGCUGAACGAAGAUAACCAAAAAACCCUUAUGUGCAUGGAAAAUCAAAGAAAGGAACUCCAAGAUUCUAUGGAAGAUAAAGAUAAAUUAAUUCAAACUUUACUCCAGCAGAAAGAUGAACUACAAUCAAGAUUGAGUAGCAUUGCUGGCGAAAAGUUAUCAAAGGGAAAUCCAGGAAUAACAGACCUUAGUGAUCCAAAUCGUCCAAUGAAAAUUAGUGAACGGUAUGGGGAACUUUAUGAUAAUGAAUGGACAGAUGUCAUGGUAAAAGUUGAACUUAUAAAACCACAUUUCCCCGACUUAGAAAAAUCAGAGUUAGAUGAGAUUAUCGUACGUCACCUCUACAGAACAUUAAUGUUUUGUUACCAAGAGUGUACGAAAAUUUCACUCAAACAGACACAGACAAUUCGACAGACUAUAGCCGAGAGCUUCAAUCUAACAAUUGACUCAGAAAAUACUGAACCAAAUUUGCCUGGUUGGAAGGAAAUAAGUUUCUAUCGCAAACACCAUGGUGAUGAUUUCGCCACCAGUUUGAUCACAAAAUGCACAAGUCAGAAACUAUGUGAGAACAUACUGGAGAAUUGGGAUUACUGUUACAAAAGUGCAAUGUUUAUGGAAGAAUUGUUGAAAACACCUUUCUUUGACAAAUGUGUACAUCUUUGUUGGUACAUGGCUAUACAAGAACCGAUGAUGUACCUCGAUCACAAGCUUCAAGUGGAUACAAAAUACAACAAGACUGAAUACAAAGAAUAUGUCCAGAGUGGUGAUAAAGUUCGAUAUAUUGUGUGGCCAGCACUGUACUUACAUGAAAAGGGACCGUUGCUUUAUAAAGGGGUCGUACAGGCUUACUUUUAAAACGUAUUUUUAUAUACAGUCAUAUUAUAUUCUGCUACUGUUAUCGUGUAGUUUUAAAAAAAUGAGAAUCAUACCUGUAUUAUGUCAAAGUAAAUAAAUAUUG